GCAGAGCAGAGCUACUGACCGAGCGGAACGGACGCCAGUGGUUUUCUCUCGCGGAUUUUACAGUCUUUCGGGGUUUUUCAGGACAUCCACCGUGUGCACGGCAUUUUCGAGACGGUGAGAGGAGAGUUCAUAUUUUUGCAUCGUUUUCAGACGAGAGAGACCAGAAGCAACUCUGCAGCUAUCGCUUUUGAGCGAAGGCCUCUGCUGGGAUUCGUAAAGACCCAGAUAUCAUGGACAGGUUUUAUGACCAGCAAGUACCAUUUAUGGUCCCAUCAAAUUCUGCUCCACAGCAGAAAUCAUCCCAGGUGGAGGAGCCAUACAACAGAACCAUCAAUGAGAGGAAAAGAAAGUUUGUAGACACUGAACUUGCUCAGGAUACAGAAGAACUUUUCCAGGACCUCAGUCAGCUGCAGGAAAUCUGGAUUGCAGAGGCCCAGGUGCCUGAUGAUGAACAGUUCGUCCCAGACUUUCAGCCAGACAGCUUAACAUUUCAUGGCCCUCCUCCAACUAAAAUUAAACGGGAGCUGAGCCCUUCCAAAGAGCUCUCCCCCUGUAGUGAGAACAGGAGUCCCAUGCUGUAUGGAGAGAAGUGCCUUUAUAACUACAGUGCCUAUGAAAGAAAAGCCUCUGUUGGGUUCAAGCCAUUGACUCCUCCUUCAACGCCUGUAUCACCAUGCAGCUCCACCAACACGCACCCCAUGCAUGAACAGACGUCUCCUCUUGUCCAUAAUUCUACAUUAGGGCAAUGCUCCCUACACGGACAGCCUGCUGUGACCAACUCCGCCCUCAGUCAGAGGAGCCUCCCACUACACAGCCAGACUCCACCUUUUGCAGUGCCAUGUCCACCUCAAAACCACAAUGCCCCCUUUAACAACGAGCACAGGUGCGGGUUUCAGCGCCAGCUCUCUGAACCCUGUUUGCCAUUCCCGUCUUCUGAGACCCAGGGAAAACCUAACUACAUUCCCCAGCCAUCGAGCACUUCACCUAGAGAUGGCCGGCCACCGUAUCAUCGGCAAAUGUCGGAGCCGGUGGUUCCUGUUCAUCCUCAGGGUUUUAAACAGGAGCUAUUGGACCCUCGGUACACUGAGCAGGGUGUCCCCAGCAUGGGCCCACCCCAGGCUGCCUUCCACCCAAUGACCAUCAAGCAAGAGCCACGAGACUUUGGCUUUGACUCUGAAGUGCCUAAUUGCCGGUCUUCAUUUGGGAGAGGAGCAAGCUUUUACCAAAGCCAAGAAAGUUUUUCAUUUGACAGAGAUCAGCACUUUUAUUAUGAUGAUACAUGUGUAGUUCCUGAACGACUUGAAGGGAAAGUAAAGCAGGAGCCUUCUGUAUUUCGUGAUGGCCUACCUUACCAACGUCGUGGAUCUCUGCAGCUCUGGCAGUUUCUGGUCACACUUCUUGAUGACCCUGCCAACGGUCACUUCAUUGCUUGGACAGGACGUGGCAUGGAGUUUAAGCUGAUUGAGCCAGAAGAGGUGGCUCGACGUUGGGGCAUUCAGAAAAACCGACCAGCCAUGAAUUAUGACAAGCUGAGUCGCUCUCUGCGCUACUACUAUGAGAAGGGCAUCAUGCAGAAGGUUGCUGGUGAGAGGUACGUCUAUAAAUUUGUGUGUGAUCCUGAGGCCCUCUUCUCCAUGGCCUUUCCAGACAACCAGAGGCCAAACAUUAAGGCUGAUCCUGAUGGCUUGCCUGUAGUAGACGAUGAUGCACUACCCAUCACACGCUAUGAUGAAGGAAGCUCUUACCUGGUAGAUGGAGGAGAGCAGUGCGUCUCUGGGAUGCCUUUCCCUGACGGCUAUGUGUACUGACUCUCAUCCCCAAUCCAAAACCUGAACUGUUGAGCAGACCAGAGCACGUCUGUCCCUGCUGCCUCUACUUCUGCCCUGUUGUCCAUUUACAGAAUAACGCUCCCCCAAAAGUUGCAUUAAAUUAAUGGAGUGAUCUGCAAACCAUCAAAUCUCUGGCAUUGGCCCAUGAGAAAGUGUCUGUCUGGGAAGUGAGGGAUAUCUGGACUUCUGCAGCUUGACCUGCUUUGUGGUAGAUGGUUACUUGAUGCUGCAGAAAAUGUGAAGUCAGUGUGCUGAAGGACUGUUGGGUCUCUGCGCAGACUGAAAGAAUUGUAGCAAUUUUGUUUUGACAAUCUGUUUAAAAAAAAAAAAAGGAAAAAAAGAUAUUAAGAGGUGUCCUAACAAAACAAAAAAAAAUAAUCACAGCACUAUUUAAUAGCUGCCUACUUGGGUAGUAAUAGAUUUGUGUUACCUCAAAUCAUAUAGACAUCUAGUAGAAGUGAAAAGGGCUUUAUUUUGCAAAAGAGACCCAUUCAUUUUAGUUUUGGUUAGACUUGUUUAGAAAGCUGGCUUUUAUACAGUACUUUUGGUUUAACUAAAUGCAGGACUACUUCAAACAUGGACUUCUUUUUAAAAAAAAAAAAGCUUUUUUUUUUUUUUUUUUUUAAAUUGUUGUUGGCUUGGUUUUUAGUCAUUGUAAAUGUUGUGGGGUUGUUUUUGUAUCAUUAGCUCGCACUAUCCCACUGGAUUACUCAAAGGUUAUUGCUCUAUAACGAAGCUGAACUAGAUGCGCUCUUAAAGACGUUCGGUCGGAUUUCAGUGACUGUUAACCCAUUGUUAAACGUUUCAUAUGCAUUGACACUUCCUUGAAAAUUGGUACAUUGUUAAACACAAAUACAAUAUUCAAAAAGGGAUGCACUAGACAAACUCUCCAAGAGAUUUACAAUGUCUGACUACUUAAUGUAUUUAAGGGUCAAUGUUUUAUCCUGUUUUGUAUUAUCUUUCGCUUGCUUUUCUUUAGCACUGUACAACUUUUAAAAUGUACCACGAUGGCAGGACAGCCAGGACUUUGCAUGCAAUAAGGUGAAAAGUACGCCUUCUCCUGGACUCUUUUUCACUGCCAACAUGAAGUUGACGAAAGACCACUGCUUCCUUUUUUUUGCAUGGUACUCAACUGACAAUUGUCCACUAACAUAUCGCUUUAUGCUGGACAAAGAUGAAAUUUAUUUCUCUGCGUUGUUUCCUUGCUUUUUUUUUUUUUUUUGAGAGAAACUUAUAUAAAUAUCUAUUUUUGCAAAGUCUGCAUUGGUUUUGAUUUAAUUGUAUCAGCUGUAUAGUACUGCCUAAACCCUGUUUUAAACGCGGGAUGCCUGUGGUGCUUUCACUGCAGAUCAGGGCUUAAUGGACUCCCUUUGUGUUGGAUUACAGCAAUGUUUUCCAUAACAGUCCUCAAACACACACAGACCAGCCAGGUUACUGCUUACUCUGGGUUCCCAACACAUCUGAACCAUGUAUUGUGUUCUUCAUGACUUUGGGACAAAUGAAGAUUGUUUGGGAAAUAUUCAUUGGAAGAUAUUCUUUGGAAUGGAAACUGAUCUAUACGUAAUAGGCUUUCUCACUGAAUGAGAGGUUUAUUAACUUCAAGCCCUAUCUCCAGAAGGGGGAGUCUGCAUGUGUAUAGGCUUCACCUUUGAAUUGUGUACCUUUUUUUUAGUUUAUAAUCUGUUAUGGGUACAAUAAACUGUUCUUUCUGCUUCACA